AGCAGUAACGAUACCACUUUUCAGAAAUAAUAUUCUAAACAAAAAUAUGGAAAAACAAAAAAGACCUACCGCAAAGUUUUUGUAGUGUAUUGCAGUGUGAAAUUCAAGACAAAAUUAUAUGACUUUCCCAAGAAUCUGAAUGUUCCUGUAGUUGUGGGAGUUUUCAUUAGAAAAGAGGGACACUGAAUAGAACUGAAUGUGAAUUUAUGUUAAAAUGAAUAACGCAUUUCCCACUUCGAAUAAUUACGGACAAAUUCCUCCAAGACAUCCAGUGACAAGUUCCUCGUUUUAUAUCAGAGACAUAUUAAGAGACAAUGAAAGUGGCUAUUCAGACGCCGGCAAAUUUGGAAAUUAUGACCCAGGAAAUUAUUAUCCCGGUUAUUCGUCUUCUAAUUUUUCCAAUUCUAUGUUUUCAUAUCCACAUCUCGGUUAUACGUCAAAUUUAAGAGGAUUUCCUACAGACUAUAUUGACCCUUUAGCUACACCAGUCCCCCUUCCAGUCUAUAUUCGUUCCAGAUCCCCAUCUGACUUGGAUGGUUUUUCAAAACCAAAGAGAUGCAGACGGAGUAGAACGGUUUUUACAGAACUCCAACUCAUGGGCUUAGAAAAGAAGUUUGAAACUCACAAAUAUCUAUCAACACCGGAUCGAAUCGAACUAGCAGAGACUCUAGGCUUAUCUCAAGUACAGGUUAAAACCUGGUACCAAAACAGACGAAUGAAAUGGAAAAAGUUGGUAAUCCAAAAAGGAGGUUCCGAAACAUCAAUAAAGCCUAAAGGUCGACCUAAAAAAGACACUCCACCUAGUUCACCGAGGAGUGCCGAAAAACAAUGUGACAGAUCAAUCAAGGCCAAUAACUCUGUGACAAACAAUUAUUGUGGCAAUUAUUCACAGUUUGAAAGUCAACGAUCAAAUCUCACAUGACUG